AUGAGACAUGUCAAGAUAAUAAAAAAAAAUGGUUUAAUUUGGGUUGUUUCAUAAAUAAAGAAAAUCGAUUCCAACAACCAAAAUUAGAAAUUUUUCUUUUUUUUUGAGGAAGGAUGGGUUUAGGAACAUGGUUCAAACACAAAUUCACAGAUCCUGUUCUCUUGGUUCUUCGAGGGGGUGCUGAACCUAAGCAGGUAUCUUUCUCUGCUGCUCUUGGGAUUACUCUUGGAGUGUUUCCUAUUUGUGGUGUAACUGUGUUACUCUGCGGUAUUGCUAUAUCGUUACUUGGAUCGUUUGUUAACGCUCCCAUUCUGUUGCUUGCAAACUUCUUUGCUACUCCCAUUGAGUUGAGUUUGAUUAUACCGUUUCUGCGCCUCGGUGAAUUUAUCACUGGCACACCUCAUUUUACUUUAUCAUCUGAUGUUUUAAAGAAAGUUCUUACGGGUCAAGCUUCAAAGCAAGUCCUACUAAGCAUUGCCAAUGCGUUAUUAGGAUGGCUAGCUGGAUCGCCUUUAAUUUUGGCAAGUCUUUACAUAUUACUCUUACCGUGCUUUAAGUUUCUAAUUCGGAAACUCAGCAGUCCUCCUUCGAGUCCAAGGAUGCCGCUCCAACCACUGAUAGAUAUUGGGUCUAAGACAAGGGAUGUUUGACAGAUAAUCACUUCAUUUGCAUUCAUAGGGAGUGAUCAGUUAUUCACAUGUUGUCUUGUUGAAUUGUUUCGUAGCGAAACAAGAUAUAUACAUAUGCAAAAAGAAUAGUCAUUGACAGUGUAAAAUAGUUUACAAAAUAGUUGUAAACGUAUACUCGAUAUGAAUUAGUCACUUCUCUUAAGUGGUUGAUUUGUUUGUAAAUGUACAUAACUGUCUCAUGACUGAGAAUACAUGGUUCUAUUAUGUUUAUGAUUUGCUCUAUA